CACUCCUCAAUCUCUCCCAGACAUCCAAUAAUAAUAAUAAUAAUACAGAAGAACCUUCACUCUCAUCACCAUGAAGGGAACCUGGGCUGUCGUCCUUUGUUCAUUGCUCCUGAUUGCAGCUGAAAUUCAAGGGCAGCUGACCUCGGGACAAGGACGUUGCAGCUGCACAGGGAAAGGUUCUAAUUUCAUUCAGCAAAAAGACUUAGGAAAAAUAGAAGUGAUUCCCAAGAGCUCUUCCUGUGACCAUAUUGAGAUCAUUGCGACAAUGAAGCCCACUGGAGAGCAAAGAUGCUUGAACCCUAAUUCCAAAUGGCUACAGAAGAUGAUGACAGCCCUCAUCAACAAAAGGUCUUCAACAAAGCACUCACCGGUAAAGGAGAAGAGCUAAAGGUCACUUCAACAGCGCUUCAGUCUCCCUCUCCAGAGAGCAAUGAACUUGUCUGUUUUCUCCACUUGGCUCUACAGCUUUUAAAAUACAAAUGCUGCAGCUGAGGCAAGUUGUUCCCAACACAAAAUCGUUGCAUCCAUGAAGGUAACAUCUGGGUUGUGACAUCAUCUCAACACUGUGAUGGAACAUCAGCCUGUCACGGCAGGACAUGUAGUGAGGCAUCUGUAACCUCAUAAUCCUACUGGUAAACCAGUGACACUAAAGGCCCAGUUUGUCUUUGGGGCCUCCUGGUGGCUAUAAGUGGUAAGAUUGCUUCUGCUUAUCUAAUUAGCAAAUAUUUCUUUGAGCCACAUGGAUGGGUUAUUAUAUUAUUAUAAUCAUAACUCGGAGAUAAAAAUAUUCUCAGGUAACACAUCCUAAGAAUUCCAAGUAUCAGAGGGGUAGCCGUGUUAGUCUGAAUCUGUAAAAAGCAACAGAGGGUCCUGUGGCACCUUUGAGACUAACAGAAGUACUGGGUGCAUAAGCUUUCGUGGGUAAGAACCUCACUUCUUCAGAUGCAAGUACAGCUUAUGCUCCCAAUACUUCUGUUAGUCUCAAAGGUGCCACAGGACCCUCUGUUGCUUUUUAAGAAUUCCAAGUUAUUUUUUCUAGCAGGUUAGAAAUUAAUGUAAUUCUUAGAUAUACAUGUUCCAUGUUAAUUUAUAUAAUAUCACAUAUGAUUGUUGUUCUAGGGUAUGUGAAACAUUUGUCCGUAGGCUUUAUAAAUAAAAUUGAAGAAGGAUUGUAAUCUAAAACUAACCACACUCUGGGUUUAACUGAUGUAUAAACAUUUAUUACAUAGAUUAAAUGCAUCUGAUCAUUAGGAAAUGUAAUAUAACAAAUGACUGUAAUAUAAUAUUCACAAACAUUCCUUGUGUUCGAUUUCUUUUUUAAAGAUAAACCAAUUAAGUGAAUAAAAGAUACUGA